CACUUGCAUAGCUUCUGUCGACCAUUCGGACUUGAGAUCUUGAUCGACCUCGCGCCAUCAUCUCCAGUCUGGGUGAACCACGAUCGUCGCAAUGUGUAUCCCAAUCAUAUUCGGAUGUCCAACAAAGAUCACGCAGGACCAUCCGGAAGUAGGGCGUAUGUGCCCAAAGUGCCAUAAUGCCAGUGUAGUGGGCGCAUCUUCUCGGACAUGGUUUGAACUCUUCUGGAUCCCCUUGAUCCCAUUCUCGAAGAGCAGGAUAUGGAUCUGCGGUACAUGCAACUGGGAGAUGAAGCAGGGUGACGGACCGGACCCUCAGCCUCCAAGUGCAUACCCUCCAGGCAUGAAUCCUUGGGGUAACCGACCACCCCCACCUGGUCAACAGCACAGUCAAGGAUUUCCUCCACCGCCCCAGGGAUAUCACUCCUGAGGGGAGGGUCAGGCGGUCGUUCAAGUCUAGCUGCGAGAGGGGUUGAGCGGGAGUAAUCGGGGUAUAUCUUAGUAUACCUGAGUUUUCGUGACAGUAGAGUCGUUGUAUUUGGUCAAGCGCAACGAGAUGCAGCUUACAUGCCUGUAGCGUGCGCACACAUGUAUGGAGCUCGUUGUGAUUAGGAA